UAAUUACUUCAGUUUAUGUUCAGAAUUUAUGUAAGAUUUAUAAUUUUUCUUUUUUUUUUUUCUUUGAAGGAAAAUAUACCAAACCCAAUAGAAAUAAGACCUCACACUAGUAAUAAGGGCGAUUCGAAGUCGUCUCCGUUGUUCACCAACACCACCAAGUCGAUAAUCUGGGGCAUGCAGAACCGCGCCAUCCAGAGCAUGCUGGAUUUCGACUUUGUCUGCCGCAGGAACGAACCUAGCGUAGUGGCGAUAAUCUACCCGUUCACGGGCGACCACAAACAGAAGUUCUACUGGGGUCACAAAGAGAUCUUGAUCCCGGUGUAUAAGCAAAUGAAAGACGCCAUGACGAAACAUGCCGACGCCGACGUGCUGGUCAACUUCGCCUCGUUGCGUUCCGCCUAUCAGAGCACCCUGGAUACCUUGGAGUUUCCACAGAUCAGGACUAUCGCUAUUAUAGCGGAGGGGAUCCCCGAGAAUCUAACUAGGAAGCUCAUCAAGCAAGCCGACCAGAAGAAGGUUACCAUUAUAGGCCCUGCGACGGUCGGCGGAGUGAAACCGGGCUGUUUUAAGAUCGGUAACACGGGCGGCAUGAUGGACAACAUCCUGCAUUCGAAACUGUACAGACCGGGAAGCGUAGCUUACGUGUCGAGGUCGGGGGGGAUGUCUAACGAACUCAACAAUAUCGUGUCCAAAGCGACGGACGGAGUUUAUGAAGGCGUUGCGAUCGGCGGGGACAGAUAUCCCGGGAGCACUUUCAUCGACCACAUCAUGAGGUAUCAGGAAGACGAGAGCAUUAAGAUGAUCGUGUUGUUGGGCGAAGUGGGCGGUACGGAGGAGUACGAAGUUUGCACGGCGAUCGAGACGAAGCAGAUCACGAAACCGCUCGUCGCUUGGUGUAUAGGUACCUGCGCUGGAAUGUUCACAUCCGAGGUCCAGUUCGGACACGCGGGUUCCUGCGCCAACUCGAACAAGGAGACGGCGAAUGCGAAGAACGAGGCGCUCGCCACGGCUGGUGCCCAUGUACCUGAAUCUUUCGAUUUCUUAGGUGACGUAAUACAAAACGUAUACGAACACUUAGUCAAGCAGGGGCACAUCGUGCCCGCCCCGGAGGUCCCGCCCCCAACCGUGCCCAUGGACUACAACUGGGCCAGGGAGUUGGGCCUCAUCCGUAAACCGGCCAGUUUCAUGACUUCGAUUUGCGACGAACGCGGCCAGGAAUUGAUUUACGCUGGUAUGCCCAUAUCCGACGUCCUACAGAAGAACGUCGGGAUCGGCGGCGUAAUUUCCCUGCUCUGGUUCCAGAGGUGCCUGCCCCCCUACUGCUGCAAAUUCUUCGAGAUGUGUCUGAUGGUGACGGCCGAUCACGGACCGGCCGUUUCUGGGGCCCAUAACACGAUCGUUUGUGCUCGUGCUGGCAAGGAUCUGGUUUCCAGCUUAGUGUCGGGCCUGUUGACCAUCGGAGAUAGGUUCGGUGGGGCUCUGGACGGUGCCGCCAAGACGUUCAGCGAAGCCUACGAUAAAGGUUAGUAAUCCUACACUUUCUAAACCUCAAUUCCUCUUCCUUCUCCUCCUCCUCCUCCGCAAAUGAUACAAAUUUACACAUUCACAGAUUAGCAGGUCACUCUCUGCCAGUAGGUACAAAGUAAAGUUUUGUGUCAGUAGGCGUUGUGUACAAUGACAUUUAGGUACGCUUUUUUAGGUUAUAUCUCACUCACACUUAAAUUCAAGGUUGAUAAUAGAAAUUUUGU